ACGUCAGUCUCUGCUUCUUAAAAAAAUAAACAACACAGCAAAAGACGUGUGGUUAAAAUGGACUCCCCUCUGUCCUGCCAUAUAAUGGUACAGUCUGACAACGUCCUGCGCGGGAGCGGAAAACGUGCAUCAGAGCAGACUAUAAGGAAAAAGAGGCGUUGUGUUUUCCUGUAAACAUUUUGAGCUGCAACAUCACUUUACUGAUAUACUAAAAAAGUAUUUGGCUUUCUUACAGACGUCUGAACAGACUACAGCUUGGUUCAGCAUGACUCGAGACUGGAAACCAGGUGAUCUGAUCUUUGCCAAGAUGAAGGGCUAUCCACACUGGCCUGCAAGAAUCGAUGAAGUCCCAGACGGUGCUGUGAAGCCUUCCAACAUCAAGUUCCCCAUCUUCUUCUUUGGCACUCAUGAAACAGCGUUUCUGGGCCCGAAAGACAUCUUCCCAUACCAGGCCAACAAAGAAAAAUAUGCCAAGCCCAACAAGAGGAAAGGCUUCAACGAAGGAUUGUGGGAGAUUGAGAACAACCCAAAAGUUGAGCUCACUGCACCAAAGCCAGUUGCUCCUGAUUCUUUCACUGCAAAAGAUUCUGACAGCAGCCCAGAAGGAGAAGAGGAAGCGGAGGACAAGGGCACAAAACCCAAAGUUCCGGGAAGUGAGGCUGAGCAGGAGAAAGAGAAUGAGGAGGAGGAGUUGGAGGAGGAGGAGGAGGAGUUGGAGGAGGAGGAGGAGGAAGGGUCUCUGAUGUCUGAGCAGGGUCCUCAGAACCAGGAUGGCUCGACACAGAAAGAAUCCACAGAUGCUCCGAAACCCAAGAGAGGGCGAAAGAAAAAGAGUGAGGCUGAGCAGGAGAAUGAAAAACAAGAUGCUCCUGCUAGUCCUGUCAGCCCCUCAGGUGCAGAGGCUCCGAAACGAAGAGGAAGGAAGCCCAAAAGUGAAAAGUUACUUUUGCUCCAGCAUCAGCAGGACCAGCAAGGCUCAGGAAGUGAAAUGGACACCGCCGAGUCCGACAGGAAGAGAAAGAGGGCAGCAGAUGACAAGUCCAAGAGUGGAGAGGAGGAGAAGAGGAAGAAGGAGGACAGCAAAGGAAAGGAGGCAGAGGGAAAGGAGCCUGACACCAAGAAGAAGAAGAAGGACGACAGCUCCUCGGGCUCUGAUGAUGAAGAGAAAAACAAAGGCAGAAAGAAACACCAAAGCUCAGAAACGGACAAAGAAGCGCGGCGACGGAAAGCAGAGGAAUUGAGAGAGCCAAACAAAGAGGAUGGGAAGAAAAAUGAAGAGCGGGCGGGAGCCAAGAAAAAGGAAAUGUCAACUGACUUGAAGCUCCAGCGGCUGCACAGCGAAAUCAAGAUUUCCCUGAAAAUUGACAACCCUGAUGUGAAGAAGUGUUUGGAUGCAUUGGAUGAGAUCGGCGCCCUCCAGGUGACGACUCAGCACCUGCAGAAACACAGUGAGCUCAUCGCCACGCUCAAAAAGAUCCGCAGAUUCAAGGCCAGUCAGGACAUCAUGGACAAAGCCACCAUGCUGUACAACAAGUUUAAGAGCAUGUUUCUGGUGGGAGAGGGCGACUGUGUGCUCAGCCAGGUGCUCAACAAGUCUUUAGCUGAACAGCGGCAGCACGAGGAGGCCAAGAAGGGAGCGCUGAAGAAAGUGGAGCAAGCCAAGGAAAACAACCCAGACAAGUUGACGAAUGGUGAUAUCAGCCCUGAAGAGAAGAGGCAGGAGACGGAGAAAGAGAAGCUUCUUGAAGACACACCAGUGGGAGAAAAUAACAGUGCCCCAAAAAUGCAGGAAGAGUCCACUUGAGAAGACGCUGAAGAAAAGAGAAGACAACUGCUGCUGUACUUAGACUGGGCUGACCAACUACGACCUCCUGUCCAGUACCUUUUUAAUGACUGACCACUGGUUUCCAGUUUACUGACAGUUUCUGUCAGCAUUGCUGCUUAAAGAUUUAAGUACAUCAAACCCCCUCCACUCCCCAGAUAAAGACUGACUGCAUAUUUUAUUUUUUUACUUUGUGUAAUCUUUACCUUUCACACACCUGUUGAGUCUGACUAAUGACUGUGUAAAGAGGAAGAACUUGUAGAUCUGUAGCACUUAGAUCUUAAUGAGCAUGCUCACAGAGACGAGGUUAGUGCCAUUUGGUCCUAUUUUUCAUAUAGAGUAGGUGGCUUUUAUUGUACUCAGUAAUUUAAUUUGCAUUAAAAUUGUUUUUGGAUCAACAGUUUGAUUUUAAUCCACUUACUGAGGUUGCACCGCCUAAAGACAGGUUUAGUUGUAGUUAGAAGCACCGUCAUAAUGUCUCAUAAUACUGGCUGCAUUAACAACUAAAAGAUUAACAAACAGGAAAUCUCAAAAGUUUGCCAAAGUUUAUUCUGCCAAGUUUUCUCAAACACGUUAAACUCUGUUUUAAAAGUUUUGUUUUUAACGUAGAUGUAAAUAAGAGUAUUUUUGUGCCUGUCUGAUGACCUGUUUCAACAUCCAAUAAUAAAGUAGAACAUACAUGUAUAAUA